UGCCACAGCCACACUCUAUUAACUGAUUUGGUAGGCACUGUGGUCACGAAGUUGUUACCGCGAAAAUGAAAUUUUUAAGAUGGAAAUGGAAAUUGAUAGAGGUUAUGUUAGGGUUAGGCCAAGUCCGAGUUUGGCUUUGUCUUUUGCUCUAUCUGUACUCGUGAUUUUAAUAAUAGGCUAAUUUUUUUGUUUAGUGUUUAUUGUUACGGUACUCCAAAUUAUUAUUAUGGAUGAAUCUGAAGUAAGCGCUGACGAUGUUCUCAACAUAUUAGUUGCAAGUGAUAUUCAUUUAGGUUAUGAAGAAAAAGAUCCAACUAGAGGUAAAGAUAGCUUCAUAGCAUUUGAAGAGAUUCUAAGCCUCGCAAAAGAUAAAGAUGUCGACUUCUUAUUGCUUGGUGGCGACUUGUUCCAUGACGCAAAACCAUCACAGUAUUGUUUGUAUCGAGCCUUGGAACUGUUCAGAAGAUACUGUUUGGGAGAUAGCCCAGUCAAAAUUCAAUUUCUGAGUGAUCAGUCAAAAAAUUUCGAGCACUGUUUGUAUCCAGAAGUGAAUUAUGAGAAUGAAAACAUCAAUAUAGCCAUUCCAGUCUUCUCCAUUCACGGAAAUCAUGACGAUCCGACCGGUCUUGGUUUCUUGAGCUCUAUGGAUUUACUCAGUGUAACCGGGCUUAUAAAUUAUUUCGGCAAAUGGACCGAUUUGACGCAAGUUGAAAUCACACCGUUGCUUCUACAGAAAGGCAAAACAAAACUUGCCCUGUAUGGCCUCAGUUACAUCAAAGAUGACCGACUGUGUCGAUUGUUCAGGGACAGAAAGGUAAAAUUUCUCAGGCCCGAAGAAAACAUCGAUGAGUGGUUCAAUAUAUUUGUUACUCACCAAAAUAGAGCUGACCGAGGUAUUAACAAGAGCAUCAAGGAGACUGCUCUCCCUUCAUUCCUCGAUGUCGUUAUAUGGGGCCAUGAACACGAUUGUCGAAUAAAACCCGAGCAAAAUCCAACCACUGGCUUCCAUGUUAUACAACCUGGCAGUCCAGUUGCUACGUCGCUAUGCGAAGGAGAAUCAAUUCCCAAACAUGUUGGCAUUUUGAAAGUCUAUAAGAAAAAGUUUGAACUAGAACCAAUCAAAUUGCGCACAGUGAGGCCUUUCGUAAUGGAAACAGUUGUCCUAUCAAAAACAAACAUUCCAUACAUUAGCAACAAAGCAUCGGAAGCGGUGCAAAAAUUCCUCACCGAAAGAGUAAACAUUUUGAUUCAGACAGCCAACAGCCAAAGAUCAGGAGAUCCAAGACAACCAAAGCUACCAUUAAUAAGACUGAGAGUUGAAUACAACGAUGAAAUGCAAACUUUUAAUCAUCUCAGGUUUGGUCAAACUUUCAGAGAAUCCAUAGCAAAUCCAAAAGAUCUAAUUCUGCUCAAGAGGGAAGCUUCACGAAAAGGCAAAGAGUAUGAGACUGAUUUUGAUAAAGACGGAAUGUCUGAGUUUCUAGAAAGGAACUCUCAGGAUAUUGGCAAAAAAGCAGAAGUUAUUGUUGAAAGCUAUUUUGAAACAAGGGAGGCAAUGAAAAUAUUGAACACCAAAGGAUUAGCUGAAGCCGUCAGCAGUUACAUCAAUAAGAAUGAUACUGACGCUGUGGCUACCAUUAUUUCAAGCCAAGAAAAGGCAGCUAGGAAGUAUUUGAUGGAAAAAGUGGAAGACCUUGAUGCGAUUGCUGAAGCAAUAGAUGGUUAUGGAGCUGCUCAAACUGCCUCACAAGCUGAUGUUGUAGAAGAGACAAGAAGAAUCCUGUUGGAAAAUCGCUCAUUCAGGCCUGCUGCUGAUGAUGAUGAUAACAGUGAUAAUGACGAUGAUACAGAAAUGGUUAUUUCACCUCCUGCUAGAGGUCGAGGUAGAGGUAGAGGAUCGAGAGGAGGUAAAGGACCUGGCUCUCGUGGAGGUCGGGGAUCCAGGGCUCGUGGUGCAAAGGCUAAAAAUGAUAACGGUGACAACUCGCUUGCCAGCUCAACUCGUUCAUCACGUACGACUAAGAAAACUUUCAUCGUUGAUUCAGAUGAUUCAGACUGAAAGGCUUCUUCAAAGUUCAAGAGAAGUACAGAAGAAAACAUGUUAGAAAAGAAAUACAUUCUUAUUUGUUACCAAGUGUAAUUUUUAUAAUUUCUUAUACAGUUUAUUGAAUGUGAUACUUCAGCUAGAAAAUAUUAAAUUCACUCGUACACUAUUUUUAGAGCAUCCUAUUGCUACAUAAUAUUCUAUUGUUUUGUAACUACUGAAGACGAUAGUAAGUUGUACUUGUGAGUACUUUUGUAUUUUUUAAAUAAUAAAGCAUUUCGGUAAUUGUGAAGCUU